AUGGCGUCAGGGCAGCAUGGUUUCUAUUUCGACGGGGACUUCGACCACAUAACGGAGGAUCCAGGGGAGCGGGAAAGGCCCGCGCCAGGCCAGCGCCACCCGCACCCGGCCCCGCAGCAUUCCGCGCACCCCGCCAACCCGCAGCAGCGGCAGCAGCAGCAGCACCAGCAAGAUCAGCGCAUGCACCACUCCGCGCAUCACGCGCACGCGCACAGGCCCCGCGCUGCGGCAGCGGGUAGCCAUCCCCGGGCUCCGCACAGCGGGAGCUACGGCAUCGGGGAUAACAAGCCAUCGCUUCGGAGGGCCAAGUUUUCCUUGUUCUCCCGUUUCCUUCUGCUUCCCUUACCCUCUGCUCUGCUCCCCUUCCCCACGAUCAUCACUCCUGUGCCCCACCCUCUCUUCCUUCGCCCCUUUUCCCCACCCCCCGUCCCCCCACUUCUUCCCUCCAACCAAACCCUGCCGUCCCCCCACUUCUCCCCCCCCGUUACAGUCAAUCCAUGGACGUAUACACCGCAGCUGCAGCAGGGACUGCUGCCACCGCACCAGGAGCAGCAGCACUACCAGCAGCAACAGCAGCAGCAGCAGCACCACCACCACCAGCACCAGCAGCAGCACAGGAAGAUCUCACCAGACGGUCAGCUCUUAAUAGGCGCUGAUGGGCGUGUGUCCGAGGCUGCGGCGCCUGCUAUUCCGGAGCUAGGCCGGCGUGGCUCUGGAAAAGCAGCAGCGGAAGACGAGGAGGAGGACGACGAGGACGAGUAUUACGACGGAGAGGAGGACGGGGAGGAGGAGGAGGAAGACGACGAAGACACGUACUACGAGCUACACGGCAAGGGGAGUGGGAGUAGUUUCAUCCAGGCGAUGUUCAACGGGGUGAAUAUCCUCGCAGGAGUAGGGGUUCUCUCCACCCCGUAUGCGCUCAUGCAGGGCGGGUGGGCGGGGCUGCUGCUGCUGGUGCUGCUGGCGGCGAUCUGCUGUUACACGGGCCUGGUGCUGCGGUUCUGCCUGGAUAGUGAGCCGGGACUGGAGACGUACCCGGAUAUUGGCGAGGCUGCUUUCGGGCAGAUGGGACGCUUGCUGAUCUCGAUCGUCCUCUACGUGGAACUAUACGCAUGCUGUGUGGAGUUUCUGAUCCUGGAGGGCGACAAUCUGGGCGCCAUGUUUCCGCAGCUGGGUCUGUCCGUGCUGGGCGUGCACCUGACGUCGCGCCAUGUGUUUGUGCUCAUAUCCGCGCUCUGCAUCCUGCCCACCAUGUACCUGCGCGACCUCAGCCUCCUAUCCUACGUCUCUGCGGGGGGAGUGGUGGCGUCGGUGGUGGUGGUGUCAUCAGUGGCGUGGGUGGGAGUGGCAGACGUGGGAUUCCACCAGUCGGGUCCGCUGCUCAGCAUAUGGGGCAUGCCCGUCACCAUCGGCCUCUUUGGCUUCUGCUACUCGGGCCAUGCUGUGUUCCCCAACAUCUACAUGUCCAUGCGCAACCGCAACGACUUCAACAAAGUGCUCUACUGCAGCUUCAUCCUAUGCACGCUCAUCUAUGGCGGCAUGGCAGUCAUGGGGUUCACCAUGUUUGGGAGUGCGCUGGAGAAUCAGAUCACGCUGAAUCUGCCCCGCCAAUUCAUCGCCUCCAAGAUCGCCAUCUGGACCACUGUGAGCCCACAUGGGAGUGUCUCUGUGUGUGUAAACUCUCUCUUCUCAGGUUUCCUUAACCCACUGUGCCCUCCUCCUACCCUUGAGACCACAUACGCGCUCUCCAUGACGCCAGUGGCGCUGUGUCUGGAGGAGCUCCUCCCUUUAGACCCGUACUCCCCGGACUACCGCCGGGCCUCCCUCGCCAUCCGCACUGCGCUUGUCGUCUCCACUGUCGCUGUCGCCCUACUCGUGCCUUUCUUUGGCUACGUGAUGGCGUUCAUUGGAUGCUCCUCCGUGAUCACCCAUGUCUCUCUCUCCUAUGUUCCUUCACGUCUCUAUCUCCCUCUCUCUCCUAUGUUCCUUCACGUCUCUAUCUCCCUCUCUCUCCUAUGUUCCUUCACGUCUCUAUCUCCCUCUCUCUCCUAUGUUCCUUCACGUCUCUAUCUCCCUCUCCCUCCUAUGUUCCUUCACGUCUCUAUCUCCCUCUCUCUCCUAUGUUCCUUCACGUCUCUAUCUCCCUCUCUCUCCUAUGUUCCUUCACGUCUCUAUCUCCCUCUCUCUCCUAUGUUCCUUCACGUCUCUAUCUCCCUCUCUCUCCUAUGUUCCUUCACGUCUCUAUCUCCCUCUCUCUCCUAUGUUCCUUCACGUCUCUAUCUCCCUCUCUCUCCUAUGUUCCUUCACGUCUCUAUCUCCCUCUCUCUCCUAUGUUCCUUCACGUCUCUAUCUCCCUCUCUCUCCUAUGUUCCUUCACGUCUCUAUCUCCCUCUCUCUCCUAUGUUCCUUCACGUCUCUAUCUCCCUCUCUCUCCUAUGUUCCUUCACGUCUCUAUCUCCCUCUCUCUCCUAUGUUCCUUCACGUCUCUAUCUCCCUCUCUCUCCUAUGUUCCUUCACGUCUCUAUCUCCCUCUCUCUCCUAUGUUCCUUCACGUCUCUAUCUCCCUCUCUCUCCUAUGUUCCUUCACGUCUCUAUCUCCCUCUCUCUCCCGCCCUUCGCCGCUGUGUUGGUGCUCCUUCCGCAGUCUGUCAUGCUGCCCUGUGCCUGCUACCUUCGCAUCCUCGGGCCUAA